UUAAGAAAAAACAACAUUUUCUUUAAAAUCUCCAUGUAUUAUCAAACAUGUAUGAUCUACAAGCUGGCUCCAUUUCUGCUGUAUAGUGAAUGGGAUGCAAAAGAGCAGCCUCUCUUAUGCAUUCCAUUUUAUUCUGAUUGGCUAACAGCUUUCCUCCAGCUGGACCAAUCUCUUGCAUGCAAGAUCCCCAUGACAACCUGCAAAUGCAACACAGAUCCGUUGUUGUGCUUGGAAAAGCGUACAGCAAAGCACAGUUGGUUUGAUUCUUGACCGCCAAGGUCAAUGUUUUCACUCUCCUUCCAGGCUGACUUCUGAGCCAGGCAACAUGUUCAAUAUAAGGACAAGCAUGAGUGGCAGGGUCUACAGCCCAGGAGUGCGUAUAGGAAACUGGAAUGAAGAUGUCUGUUUAGAAGAGGAACUCCUGAAAGACUUCUUACAUAAAAGAGAAAAAGGAGAACUUCUAAUCCAGAAAUCACAAAGAAUUAAGGACUUACUUUACAAGAAGGAACAGCUCUCCAUUUCAAACGAUGGAUUUAUUCACUUUGGAGACACUGUUCUCUUGGUGAAUCUAGAUAACGGCAAAGCAUCUGCAGAGAAUGAACCUGGAUUGUGCGGGGAUCUCUCCCUAGCUGUUAAUCCCGACGAAGCAGAUUUACAUAGAGCUCAAGAACUGAUGGCCCCCUGUGAAGUUAGUGCGAUAAAAAGUGUGUCGCCAGUUGGACGGAAUGCAUUUCGGAUUUUAAGCACUGAAGGAGAAGCAAUGGGAGAUCCUCUCCGAUAUGGACAGAACUUUGGUCUUGGAACAACAGGCGGCUUUCCAGGUCGAAUGCUAUUUCUAGCAAGUGACCACAAGACAUUUGUGAAUAUGGCUAAGAAAUCCCACCACCAGUCUGCAAUCAUGACAGAUGAACUUACUUACCUGGCUUCUUGGCAAGCUACCUUUCUGGAUCCACAGUUACGCCUGGAAAAUGAAGGUCUCCCAGUUCCUGCAAACACAAAGAUCCUUAUUGUCCACAGCCAUACAAACCAAGGAUUGGCAGUACCUAGAACCUUCUGGAUAAGGACAUACUUUGGAAAGGAAUAUGAAGUCAACUGCCACACUUAUCUGGAUACCCAUAAAGCUGAAGAAGACAAGAACUACUGGGUAAUGGUCACUGGAAAUCCUAGUAGUGAUGCAACCACCAUGUUUGAUAGACCUAAACCUCCAUCAGAGGAGACGAGAAUACAAAACAUUGAACUCCAUGAAGAGGCAUAACUAUGCUUUCAAAACGAUUUAUUUUGUUAAUGCUCCUGUAAAAUAAAUAAA